AUGGGAGACUACGAUGAGGAAACUGCAUUUCUUGGACAAAUCGGUCCUUUCUUCUGGCUCACUUUCUUCCUCCUGAACACAGUUUUUGUAUCAACCGGAUUCAACGGACUUUACAUCAUCUUUGCAGGAGCAGCUCCAAAACACAGCUGUCUCGUUCCAGAUGUCAACCUGACAGAGGAAUGGAGAAAUGCCAUCAUUCCCUUCACAACAGUGGGUGAUGAAGCAGUUCAGAGCCAGUGCAGCAGAUAUAAUCUGGCUGCGGUUAAAAAUCUCUCUGACCAGGGUUAUAUUCCUGGGAGGGAUUUUAAUCUCACUAAUCUGCCACUAGAAGGAUGUUUAGAUGGAUGGAACUACAGCAAAGAAGUCUACCAGUCCACAAUAGUCACUGAGUGGAACCUUGUUUGUGACAACCAAUGGAAAGUUCCUUUUGCAUCUUCCACCCUGUUUGUGGGAUAUCUGUUUGGCUCUCUAAUCUCAGGACAACUUUCUGACAGGUUUGGAAGGAAGAAGGUUGUCUUCAUAUCUCUUGGGGCUCAGUCUCUCUCUGUUCUGCUUCAGUCAUUCUCCCAGUCAUGGAGAAUUUUCUGUGUCAUGUUCCUGUUUGUUGGAGCCUCUCAGAUAUCCAUCUAUAUCUCUGCAUUCGUACUGGGUACGGAGUUGUUGAGUAAAACCAUGCGAGUUCUCUUUACAACUCUCGGAGCCUUCCUCUUUUACUGCAUCGGCUACAUGACUCUUCCUUGGAUUGCAUUCGGCAUCAGAGACUGGAGAACUCUGCUAGCAGUUCUGUCAGCAACCUCUGUGGUUUACAUCCCUUUGUGGUGGUUCAUCCCAGAGUCGCCUCGGUGGCUGAUUACUCAGGGAAGAGUGAUGGAGGCGGAGGUCAUAGUGAGAGACGCAGCAAGGAAAAACAAAGUGCAGGCACCGUCAGUCAUCUUCAGAGAAUCUGAGGUUGAGGAAAUUCCACCUGGGAAGAAAUACACCAUGCUUGAUGUCCUGAAGUCCAGUAAACUCAGAUGCAUCACACUGAUGUGUCUCCUUUUGUGGAUGGCGAUAAACAUUGGGUAUUUUGGUUUAUCCCUGAACACUUCUAACCUGAGUGGCAACCCUUUUUUAAAUUGUUUUUUAUCAGCGAUUACUGAAGUACCCGCCUAUAUAGUUUCUACUUGUUUGCUGAGGAAAUGUCCAAGAAGAGUAAUUCUGUCAACGUUCCUGGUUAUCGGAGGCGGCGUUCUUCUGCUCAUCCAGUUCAUCCCUGACACUCUACAUUAUGUUGCUCUGGCACUGGAAAUGACUGGGAAAUUUGGCUUCACCAUGGCCUUCACCAUAGUUUACAUCUACACUGCUGAGAUCUACCCCACUGUGCUCAGGAACGUUGGCAUGGGAAUGUGCUCCUCUGCAGCUCGCAUCGGCAGCAUCACCGCUCCUUAUGUCAUCUACUUAGGUACAUAUAACAAGGUUCUACCUUACAUUCUAAUGGGAAGCCUCACCAUCGCCUCUUCUGUGGUUAACUUCUUCCUUCCGGAGACUUUCAACAAAGAUCUACCAGAAACAGUGGAGCAGAUGCAAGAAUGCCACGGGUUCUGUGGACGAUCUGAAAAGAAGAAAUAUUUUCAAAAUGGAGCCUCACGCAAUCGACCAAUUCUACAAGAAAAACCUGAAGUGCAAACAUUAAGCCUUUAGAUUUAUUUUUUGUCUUAAGGAAAUAAAAUUUGCCUUGUUCUCUCAACAGAGAUUUGUAAAUGAAUCUUAUAAAAUGUCCGCUGUGGAUUCAAAAAGCCAUCAAAAAGGCAAAUACUGUAGUGUGUUUGGUUUUAUUUUCACUUAGCUGAUGUUUAGGAAUUGAAAACAUUUUCUAGAAAUGUUACAAAACAAUAAAUGAAUAA